AAUCCACCAGUGAACAACUCACAGAUGAACAAGAACUUACUAGUGAAUUUGAAUUUAAUGAGGAUGAACUUUCUGACGAUGGAUAUGAGUCUGAUAAUGAUGAAUCACGAGUGGAACUCGCCAAUAU